CUAUUACCCUUAAUUAAUCUGAAAUUAGUUUCUGUAUUCUCUGAAACAAAACAAACCUUGCUUUUAAGUUAACUAACUCUGCUACUUGCGAAAAACGUGGGACCCCAAUGCUGCCCAUCAUCACUGUGUUUGCAGUUAUUCUUUAACAACUUUUUCUGUGCACUAUAAAUAUCCCCUCCAAGAAUCUUGCUCUUGCUCCUCUAAAAUCUAAAUACACAUUUUUAUUUUUAUAUUUUUAUUUUUCAUUUUAUCUUUCUUGUUAUUUGCUCCAAUAGGAUGGGUGAUAAAUGUAGCAUUUUCUCUUUGGUCUCACUUCACAUUUUUCUUAGCUUUGUUUUGACCCAAUCAGCUCCUGAAAGUGCCCUAAUUACUCAAAUUCCUGGUUUUAAUGGCACUUUGCCUUCAAAGCAUUAUGCAGGGUAUGUGACUGUGGAUGAAAACCAUGGGAGGAGCUUGUAUUAUUAUUUUGUUGUUUCGGAAAGUAAACCGGCUGAGGACCCGGUGGUUCUGUGGCUGAACGGCGGCCCAGGAUGCUCUAGCUUUGAUGGCUUCAUAUAUGAGCAUGGUCCGUUUAAUUUUGAACCUGCAAAGACUGCAGGAGGUCUUCCCACGCUGCACCUCAAUCCUUACAGCUGGUCAAAGGUUUCCAAUAUUAUAUAUCUGGAUUCUCCUGCUGGUGUGGGAUUUUCAUACUCCAAGAACCAGACUGAUUACGACACUGGAGACAUAAAGACUGCCAUUGAUUCACAUGCCUUUCUCCUUAAGUGGUUUGAGCUAUAUCCUGAGUUCCUUUCCAACACUUUUUUCAUUGCUGGAGAGUCAUAUGCUGGUGUUUAUGUUCCUACACUUGCCUAUGAAGUAGCAAAAGGAAUCGAUGCUGGUGUGAAGCCUAAGCUGAAUUUCAAGGGAUACAUGGUUGGAAAUGGUGUUUGUGAUGAGCAAUUUGAUGGCAAUGCUCUUGUACCAUUUGUGCAUGGGAUGGGACUUAUCUCUGAUGAUCUCUAUCAGGAGGUUAAUGCUGAGUGCAAUGGGAAUUUCUAUAAUCCACUCAAUGACAAUUGCUCAAGCAAGCUUGCAAAAGUUGAUCAGAUAAUUGAUGGGGUAAACAUAUAUGACAUUCUAGAACCAUGCUAUCAUGCCACAGAGGAAGAGGAGUUUAAUAAAGAAACCUAUAUUAGGCUGCCAUCUAGCUUCCGGAAGUUGGGUGAGACCGAGAGACCUCUUCCCGUGAGGAAAAGAAUGUUUGGCCGUGCUUGGCCCCUAAGAGCGCCUGUGAGAGCAGGAAUUGUACCAACUUGGCCAGAACUGAGCAACAACAAUAAUGUUCCAUGCACUGAUGAUCGGGUCGCAACUGCGUGGUUGAACAAUGAAGCGGUCAGAAAAGCAAUUCACACUGCAGAGGAAAGUUUGGUCAACAGUUGGGUUUUGUGCACUGACGUAAUCUUCUUCAACCAUGAUGCCGGGAGCAUGAUCAAAUACCACGAGAACCUAACUUCUAAAGGAUAUCGAGCACUUAUAUACAGCGGUGAUCAUGAUAUGUGUGUUCCAUUUACUGGGAGUGAAGCAUGGACAAGAUCUCUUGGAUACAAAAUCGUUGACGAAUGGAGGCCUUGGUCAACCAAUGGUCAAGUUGCAGGGUUUAUCCAAGGAUAUGACAAGAAUCUUACCUUUCUAACCAUAAAGGGAGCUGGACAUACAGUUCCAGAAUAUAAACCACAAGAGUCCUUGGAAUUUUAUAAACGUUUUCUAGCUGGGUUGCCAAUAUGAGAGGGCCUCAUGCUACAUUGAUGACCUUUAUUUGUGAAGACAAUGUGCCACAAAAAAAGUAUAUGAACACAAGAUGUUAUUAUCUGUAUUCUAUUAUUUAUCUCCCAUGUUUAUUACUAAAUAGCUACACUCCCCAAAAUUCAUAUCAUUAUUACACAUUGUUUAAUCCUUCUGAGAGUUUAGUUUUAUGAAUUGUACUAAAGAAUUUGAUAGUGAUUAUCCUUUCAUGCUUAGAAGAUC